ACGAAAUUCAUUGAUAAGCUGCAGUUUAAAAAUUUAAUUUCUCAUUAUGAUAUUAUUUUUAUUAUUAUCAGUUUUAUUUGCUGGUUCUUUGGCACAGGUACCGCUUUCGGAGUAUCCUCACUUUGAAGUCGUAAGAAAUUUCGAUACAUCAAAGUUUUUAGGUACUUGGUAUCAAAUUUCCAGAACUCCAAAUCAAUAUGAAAUCGAUCAAAAAUGUUCAAUAAUUGGCUACGAUUGGUAUCGCAAUUCACCACUAAUUGCUUACCUUGCUUCAACCGAUAUUAAAAACGGAGAAUACAGUCGGUUGCCAGCUUCAGAUACCGAAAGAGAACCAUAUUUAGCACAAUGGGAUUUCCGUUAUCCUGCAAAUCUCAAGGAAAGUAACGGUGUAACAUCAAUUUUAGCUACUGAUUAUAUUACUUAUGCCGUUAAGACAUUAGUUCAAAAAGCUCAAAAUGGAAAACCCGGCUACGAAUUAAUUGUAUGGAUUCUUUCGAGAGAAAAAACACUUUCAAAGUCUUGCGAAAAAACUAUUGUAGAUGUUUUGAAUCGAAACAGGAUUCCAUUGAGUAUAUUGAGUCCAGUAGAUCAGAGUAAUUGUUAUAUACAAUAAGUCGAUUUGAAAGAAAAAAAAAAAUUAAAACUACCUUGUUAUAUAAUCUGCUGUAUUUUUGAAUAUGAGUAACUGUAAAAUUUAAAAAAUAAAAAAUUAUCUUUAUUCUUACCUUG